AAAAUCGGCUGAAUCUGUGCCCUCGUAGUUACUCAGGGUUCGUAGCGACAGACAGGACAGUGUGUCCCAGGCCGGUGCAGUCUAACACAUACACACACACAAACACACAGAGGCAGGAGACAGACCUCUGCCCGGGACUGGCGGUGUGGAUGUGCGAGGUUCCCUUCAGUGAUGCUCCACUUUCUCAGCCUGUCUCUCCUGCGGGUCUGCCCAGCUCUGGGAUAGCAGCGACAGGGAGCGUUAGCUGGUCCCACGGCUGUGCCAGGCUGCCCCCACACCAGCGUACCACCGCGAAAGGACCAAGGGACAGGGGAGCCAUGUUACACUUCGCCUUGGACAUCAAGAAAGAAGGCAGACCCUCCUGCCCGGGUGUAUAGCAAAAGGACACGCGGCUUUGAAUACCGGGCACCGCUACAUCAAUAUCGGAGUGUUUCUCUCUCUGUCUCAUUCCCAGACACCAAUUCAAGUGCCCAGCUCUGCUUCUAUACCGAGGAUCAGCAGUGCCACACUCUCUCCCAGACACCGCUACAACUGGUCUGCUCAGCAAAGUGGGUUCAGGAGUGUCACACUCUCUCUCCGUCUGAGUCUCCGACAAGGUCAGACUGUCUACAAAGGACCAGGAGUGAGUUCCUCUCUCUCUCUCUCAGACACCAACACUGAGUGGUCUACUUCACAACCGGGGGAACUGAAGUGCCAGUCUCUCUCGCCCUGACACCACUAAAGUGCCUGCCACACUCUCUCACAGACAUCAGGGCAAACUCUACCCGUCUGCACAGGACCAGGAGUGAGCUGCUCUCUCCUAGACACCAAGACUGAGUGUUCUGCUUAGUAACUGGAGGACAGAAGUGCCCAUCCCUGUCUCUCUCUCUCUCUCUCGCCCAGAUCCCACGACAAAAGGCCAAACCCAAGUCAGACUCAGGAGCGCCAGUGUCUGCGGUCUGCCCUCGCCCCCAGCCCAGCCCAGCCCAGCGCAGGGUGCCUGGUGGGUAAGGCCAGGACUAUGCGGCCACAAUGUUGGCCAGGAAGAGCAUCAUCCCGGAGGAGUACGUGCUGGCCCGGAUCGCCGCCGAGAACGUGCGGCGUCAGCCCCGGUACACGGCGCGGCCCCGCCAGGCUCGCUUCAUCGCCAAGAACGGCUCGUGUAACGCGGCGCACAAGAACAUCCGAGAGCAGGGCCGCUUCCUGCAGGAUGUCUUCACCACCCUGGUGGACCUCAAGUGGCGCUACACCCUGUUCAUCUUCACCAUGUCGUUCCUGUGCAGCUGGCUCCUCUUCGCCAUGAUGUGGUGGCUGCUGGCGUUCGCUCACGGAGACCUGGACCCCCGGCGGCCGGGCACCGCCUUGGAGCCGUGUGUCACCAAAGUGCGAUCCUUCAGCUCCGCCUUCCUGUUCUCCAUCGAGGUGCAGGUCACCAUCGGCUUCGGCGGCCGCAUGAUCACCGAGGAGUGUGCGAGUGCCAUCGCCGGCCUGAUCGUGCAGAACAUCUCGGGGCUGAUCAUCAACGCGGUCAUGUUGGGCUGUAUCUUCAUGAAGACGGCGCAAGCUCACCGCCGGGCGGAGACCCUCAUCUUCAGCCGGCACGCCGUCAUCUGCCUGAGGAACGGCCGCCUGUGCUUCAUGUUCAGGGUGGGCGACCUCCGCAAGAGCAUGAUCAUCAGCGCCUCGGUCAGGAUGCAAGUGGUCCGCAGGAGUACCACCGCCGAGGGCGAGCUGCUGCCGCUGCACCAGAUCGAUAUCCCGGUGGACAACCCCCUGGGCAGCGGCAGCAUCUUCCUGGUGGCUCCGCUCACCAUCAGCCACGUGGUGGACCGCCGCAGCCCGCUCUACCAGAUCUCGGCCAGUGACCUGCAGAGCCAGAACCUGGAGGUCAUCGUCAUCCUCGAGGGGGUGGUGGAGACCACCGGCAUCACCACCCAGGCCCGCACCUCCUACAUCUCCGAGGAGAUCCUCUGGGGUUACCGCUUCGUGCCGGUGGUCACCGAGGAGGACGGCACCUACUCGGUGGACUACUCCAAGUUCGGCAACCGCGUCAAGGUGGCGACCCCGCGCUGCUCCGCCCGGGAGCUGGACGAGAAGCCCUCCAUCCUGAUCCAGACCCUGCAGAGGAGCGAGCUCUCGCACCAGAAUUCGCUGAGGAAGCGCAGCUCCAUGAGGAGGAACAACUCCAUGAGGAGGAGCACCUCCUCUCUGGUCAUCCCCAAGGUCCAGUUCUUCACCCCCACCGACUCCGGGCCCGAAGCGAGCGAGAACUGAGCUCCCGGUUGGUGGCUCUCACUGCCCCUCCCACCCCCCCUCAAAGAGGGACUGUCCAGAUACUGAACGUGCAGACCAUUUUUGUGCCUUUACUUCACACGGUGUAAUUUAACCCCUCGCCACUCUUUGAGCAACCGGCCUGAUCUGGAACAAAACAGAAAAUGCCGGAGAAACUCAGUAGGUCUGUACAGAGAGAGAGCAAAAGAGUUAACAUCUCAAGUCCACUAUUCUUUCUCCAGGAACCGUUCUCAAGAAGAGUCAUACUGGACUCCAGAUGUUAACUCUUCCUCUUUUCACACCAUGAUGCCAGGCAUGCCAGUUUCUCCAGCAUUUUCGGCUAUAGUUCACAUUUCCAGCAUCCAUAUUAUUUUACACUCACCUUAUAUCUGUAUGCUUGUGAGUCUCCAAAUUGGCAUUGACCCAUUAGUUAAGUGGCCUAUUUUAAAAAUGUAAAAUGUGAUACUCAUGGUAUAUUAACAAAUGUAUGCUACAUACCAAGGCAGCGAUGACUUAGUCACUGUCUUAGUGCCAUAGCAUGCAAGUGCUGGGAAAUGGGAUUAAAGUAGAUAGGCACUAAACAAGAAAACCAAAGAACUGCGGAUGCUGGAAACUGGAAACACAAAUGUUAAUAUUGCUUUCGCUUCACAGAUGCUGCCAGAUCUGCUGAGUUUUCCCAGCAAUUUCUGUUCGUGUUGGAGGAGAUAGGUGUUUGAUAGCUGGUGCGGACACGAUGGACUGAAGGGUCACUUUCGGUGCUGUAAAAUUCUAUGAAUUCUAUUGGCUAGAAUAAAAUUGUACAUAUAGAAUUUGUAGAAUUGUUUGUAGCAUAAAAUUGCAAUUAGACUAGUGCACUUGAUUUCUUGUAACUGCUAUAUCUCCAAUAACAUAGGCACCUACUGUAAUCGAGUUUGGAAGUUCAUGCAAAGUUGUGUUUGAAAAUGUUCAUGGUCCUUUUAAUUAAUAUGUGUCAUGUUUUUGUAUUAGAGGCUGGAUGGGCAGUGAGAUUUACAUUGAAUUUAAUAUAAUUCAUACCUUGAAAGUGAAUUUCUAUAGCAUUGGAUUUUAUUAUGUGGUCUCCCUGAAGUUACAAUCAGAAUGUUGGUUGCAGUUUGAGUUCUAACUCUGCCCCACACUGGAACCACAAUGGAACUAUAUUUUGAUACUCAAGUGAGCAUUCCAGGAUGUGAGGUGAUUUAUUCACUGAAUUCGUCUUUCAAAAGCUACCAAGUUUAAAUAUUAAAGUGCAGACUUUGUUAUCUAUGCACAUUAAAUAAUUUCAGCUCAGCUUUAAUGUGACAAGGAAUUCGAGUAUGAAUUUUUACUGCAUUUCUCCUGUGAACCAGAAAUGAUGAUAUGUUAAGGUCACUCCCUGUCAGAGAAGUUCUAGUCCAUGAUCCUAAUAUUUUAACUGCCGACUGUUGGAAAUCUAGUGGUUGUCUAGAAGAAGUUUUUUCUAUAGAAGAUGACAAUUAAUGUUACAUAUGGGUGAUCCAAUCUGCUGGACUGGUUCAGACAACCUGUGGAGGGGAGAGGAGGGUUUGUGUUGUCUAGAAACUCUGCCAUAAUUUUUUCCCUUUACUAAUUCUACAAUCUCCAUGCAAUUACAUGGCUAUGUGUGUGUUUGGGGAGAUGAUGUUUUUGUUUCUAUGUAUCUCUCAGUAUGUGUACAUCUGUGAGUGUGUGUGUAGUUGGGAUUCAGUUUGAAUUUGUACAUGUGAUAGGUGUGUGUGUGGAGUGUGUGGAUCGUGUUUGUAUGGGUAUGUUGGGAUUGAGUUUGGAUGUGGGUGAAUCUAUGGAUUAUAUAUGGUGUAUGCUGUGUGUAUGUGAGUGUGGUUAUGUGGGCAGUAUCUGUGGGUGGAGUUAUGUGCAGUGAGAGUUCUGAAUAUUGGUGUGUGGGGGAGAGUGGGGAGUGUACGUGAGUAGGAAUGUAAGAGUGAGAAUGCAUGAGUGAGAAAGUGAAGAUGUGUGGGUGUGGGUGAAUGGAGAAUGUGUAUGUAUGGUUGUGUAUAGGUGAGUAGGGAAUGCAUAAUGUGUGCAUAUAUAGGUGUGUGUUGGUAAGUGGGAAGCAUGUGUGUGAGUAUGUGUGGCUGGAUGUGAAUGAAUUAGGUAUGUCUGGGGUGUGUAUGAAUCGAUAAUUGGAUAAAUAGGGUGUGUGUGUGGUUUGGGUGUGUGUAUGAUUCUGUGUUGAGUGUGUAUGUAUCUAUGUGUGUGGAUGAGUGGAGUACAUGAGUGUGUGUUAUAUGCAUAGGUUGGGUAUGUGCGCGCGUCUCUGUGUGGAAUAGUGUGGGUGAGUGCAUAUGUGUGGGCAGGUUGGGUGUGGGUGAUUGUGUAUAGUGCGGGGAGAAGGCAUUCAGCAAGUGACCAUUUAUUAGUUCCCCAGUUACCCUGAAUAUGGGAUGGCUUGAUAGACCUGCUUUCCUUUCCUGCAUUCCAAUUUCCUUUGUUCUUCCUGUUAACAUCUUCAUUAACAAGAGAAGUGAUGUAACCCUAUUGUCUGAGUAAGCAGGCUUGUGCAUUUAAGCACAUUCUUUUUUUAAAAGUAUUAAUUAUUGUCUUCAGCCCCCAGUACAAACUCUGUUCUGCAGUUUGCUGGCUCCAUCCUUCCCCUGGUAACUGUAUGAGGCUGAGCAAAACUGUUCACCAUGUUCUGUUCCAUUUGAACAGCUUUGAAGUACAUACCUGUGCCGUCACUAAGACAACUUGCUAUCGCUUUUGUAACUUUGAUUAACCCCUCCCCUGCUACACAUUUGACUGAACAGCCUUGUUAAGCUUCCCAUGUAAUAAUCUUUGUAAACUCAAGAUCAUCCAAAUUUUCCUGUUCAUGACCGAACUUGCACUAAAUCCUGUCCAUUUUGUGCUCACCAAUGACAUUGGCUCCUGGUUAAGCAAUGUUAUGAUUUUCAAAUUCUAUCCUUAAAUUCUUUCACUUCCUCAGUCCUCCCCAUCUCUGUAACCUGCUGCAACCCUCCAAGAUAUCUAUGCUCCUCUAACCCCAGCUUCUUGGGGGAUCCCUGAUUUUAAUUAUUUCAUCAUCGGUGGCUAUUUUAUGUUUUUAUAUAUCCUUGCAUCCAAUCUGCAAGGAUAUAUACUUUAAAUCUUGAGCUAGCACUGAUUCAAAAGGCUGAACGAGAAUCAAUGAUAGUUUGUCAUGAAGUCUGAGGGGUCAACUGUAGCCCACAUAACGGGAUGAUGUGGUUGGGCAAGAAUGAGGGUAAGAUGGUAGAAAGGAAUUUUAUGCUAUGGUCUAACCUCCAUCAUCUUUAUGUAGCUUAAUCGAAACACAGGAAGAUUAGCUGUCUCCAGCAAGUGGGACUCCACUUUACUUCAGUCACAUUCAAGCUACAUAAGCAAUGCCUUGCCAGCAUUUUAAACCCUGGUCCGUAUGGAACCAGUCUGUGUAUAGGGAACCCAGUAGAAGUCUGAAGAAUGUCGAGAAGAGGUGAGGGAUAAUUUUUGAAAACUGAUUUUCUGCAGAAUUCCAUAGCAUUGGGAGGAGGAGCUAUGCCUCUUCCCUCCUGGCUCCUCAGGGAUGCCUCACCCUCCUGCAUUCGGCUCCCAAAGCCACUGUCUGCAAUCUGGAAUUUUAUUCUAAUUCCCUUGGUUCCCAGUGUCCUCAAGCUCCUGACAAGUUUUAUGCUCCAACCCAACAACCUUGCUUGUUUUAAACCUCUGCCAGAUGGAAGACUGUCCUGGGUUAUUGAAGAUUUAGGUCCAGGAGUUAAAAUGACAGCGGCUUCACCCUGCGCUCUCACUAUGUUGUGGAUUUCCCUCUCAGCUGCACCUUCACAAACAUCUUACCAGUUAAAAUCACUCCUAUGUUUAGAUAGAAGGUGGGCUCCAUAUUUAAAGCUCUUGUGUGCCCUGAAUUGUAAGCAAUGAUUUAACAUCAUUCUGAAAAUAUGGCUCUGUUGAAUGCAUUUUAUGUAAAUAAA